AUGGCAGAGCAGCAGGUGGCACUCAAGGUAGCCUUCAACGGAGACAUCCACCGCACGCGCGUAGACCUGCGAAAAUUUUCGUUUAAAGCACUGAACCAGCUAAUGAUGCAGACCUUCCGUUUGCCUGCGGGUGAAUUUAUCGUGCAGUACCGUGAUCCUGAGGGCGACUGCGUCAAUGUAACAACUGACGCUGAUUUUAAUGAAGCCUUGCGAGUCCUUUCAGUAUCUGUGGGGCCUUUGCAGUCGCUCAAGUUUUCGGCUAUCACACGCCACCAAGUGGAGCUUAGUGACCAAGUAACAGAGCCUCUUAUUAAAUCCAUAGAGCACAUCAUGCAGUCUCUUGCCGUAGCACUUGAAAGACUUAAGCGCGACGCCAACUUUACCCCGAGCGUCGCCCCCAAAACGAAUGUGACUCCAGACCAGCUGCCUAAAGACAAUGCCGGCUCGCCGAAGUCAGCCGUUGGUGGCUUCUCAAGCUUUGCUCAGGGCCUUGUGGGUCAAAUUAACCGGCUCAUACCGGAGAUUAAGGCUGGAGAGGCUGCGGCGGCGCCCAUCGCUUCGGUGGAAUCUUCAACCGAAUUGGAGCACAAAGCAGUAGUGCUGCAGCCGACAGAGAUUACCCCGUCGCCGGUUCCAAUGGUUGAGGCAUCGACGGCUCAAGAGAUGGAGGAUAUGCCGUCUGUUGCGUCAUCUGUUGCGUUUUCUGAAGCCGAGGUCAAGUGGGCUGAGCAGCUCUCUAUUGUCAGCGGCAUUUUCCCGAACGCCAAACCUGCGCAUAUUAUUGACAUUUUGGAAAAGAGUGACGGCAAUCUUAACGUUGUGCUUAACGUUUUAACAGAGGAGAACUAA